AUGUACUUUAUAAACACCGACAGAUACGCCAUCCUGGUCAUCAUCAUGCUGGCCAUCAUCAUGAUCCUCAUCAACAUACACCUCUUCUGGACGAACGGCCUGGUCAACUCCAUGUGCACGGCCUCCGAGAACCACGAGUACGCCAUCUUAGUCGUGUGGCCCUGGGUGGACGCCAUGAUUUACAGCAUAUUGCCGUUUGUUAUUAUUUUUGUACUCAACUUGGCUAUCGUAAGAGCCAUUGCCAAAUCGAAGCAUCAUCGUCUGCACAAUCUCUCUGCAUCCUCCUCAAAAUCAGUCCCCGCUAGUAAAACUAACGACCACAUUCAUAAAAAUAAUAAUUGUAAACGUGUUCCCGACACUGACGCUGGCGAUGGUGUAGACAAUCUAAAUAAUAAUUCCAAAAAAUGUUCUUUUUCUAAAAUAUAUAUUUUGAAUUUAAACAAAUCGAAUUUUGCGCCCAAAUACAUCAAACCUGGAAGUGAAAGUUGCACAAUAAAAUUCAGCGAAGACGUCAACGUCAAGACCGGUAGCAGCAAUCAAAACUUUUCAGUGCGGAAACAUUACAUCGUCGGAAAGAAGUCGACAUCAUCGGACCGCGAAACAGCAAACAAAUCAAGUUCGGAGCAGGUCGGCAGUCGAUCAUGUGGUCUCAACAGGAUGGGCGUCAUGUUGUUCGCCGUCUCCUGCUUCUUCCUAGUCACCACACUCCCGCUCAAUACAACUUUCGUCAUCACGGCCAUCAUUAAAAACUCCAUCUCCGAUAAGUAA